UUCUAAGAACAGACUGCACAAUGACAGCACUGUAUUGGAUAUUCCUGCUUGCCACAGUAGGUAUGGCCUCUGUGGUAGCCCAGAGAGCACCCCGGAGUAAGAGAGGGCUGCUGGAGCUGGCAGGAACCAUCGAAUGCAGCACAGGGAGGCCUGCCCUGGUCUACAUAAUGUAUGGAUGUUACUGUGGCCUUGGGGGGCAAGGCUGGCCCCGUGACAGGGCAGACUGGUGCUGUCACAAACAUGACUGUUGCUACGAUGAUGCAGAAAUUGCAGGCUGUGAAACAAAGAUUGACCAGUAUCAGUGGACCUGCAUAGACAUGGUGCCUGACUGUGGUUCCCUAAAAGACAGAUGUGAGCGAAUCCUGUGCCAAUGUGACCAAGAAGUUGCUAAGUGUCUAGGAAAGGCCCCUUUCACUGGCAAAUAUGCGCUGUGGCCAGACUUUCUGUGUGGAUAUGAACAUCCAACCUGCAAUAUUUACUGAUGCCUGUGUGUUUAUUCACCCAUUUUCCAUUUGCAUUUUAAUACAAAUAUACUGUUUUAUACUAUACCAGUUUUAGCUUCACCACAGGAAAAAAAUGUUUACCAUUGUGAAUGUUAUGCUCUUUGGCAGAUGUCUUGACCUAUCCAGUCAAGGAUUUUAUAACUUUAACAGAAUUGACACUUUAUAAUGCUACAUGACUCCUAGAUAAAAGAAAAACAGAAAAGUUAUAGUGCUUGGACAUGUAGAAGUAAAUAAUAACAAGCUUUAGUCAUUUCUUUAUAGCUCCAGCAUGUAAUACCCAGACUAGGUGUGUCAAGAACUAAGGGGAAUUUAAUUAAAGACAAUAAACUGAUCCUUAGAAACAAUACAGUCACAAAGGGUUAUGAUGUCUUUUUAAUUACUUAAAUAACGACACAGUCUAGAAAGAUGUUCUGAAUGAAUAUCAAAUGAUCAAAUAAUUCAGAUCUCAGAAUAUAAUUAUAUAUUGCCAUAUUUUAAAAGCUCCUUGUGAAUCAAAGCCAAAGAUCCCACUGAGUCUCAGGCUCUAGUGUACAAGUGAGUCUAUAGUGUGAUCAAGCCAACCAUCCAGAAGAAAACUCAAUACUAGUAUUUACACAAAUGAUUUUCGGAUCUUGGAUAUUUCCUACAUUGUUGUCC